CAGUCGGACGCGGAGGUUUCUUUUCUUCUCGUUCCAUUUUUUUAGUAUACAGUGGGCGAAGGCCAGAUCAGAAUUUGGGAUAUAAAAGAAGGGUAUGCUCACCAAAUUACCAAUAAUUAAAAUGAAAUAAACAAAAAAAAACGUGGCAUUCAGCUGAAUUGGAGGUAUCUGUGAUAGGUCUCCUUGGAUAUCAGAUAAGAGCGUGAAGGACGGUAAUAGCUAGCAACUGGUCAGUUGAAAAGCGAGCAAGGCCCUGACAGCAUGGGUCAUACUAACAAAGUGCGUGCGGUGACCAGGGAACUGUUCUGUUCUACAUGUGAGCCAUAUGUGUUGCCUUUUUUGCAGGAAUCGAAAUCGAGGAGCGUGAAGUGUUCCGCAGGGUGCUAUGAGCUGAGGCGCAUGAACACGCGUCUGAGGUCCCAGGCCAAAAAAAAAGCAGCAAUAACUUCAUACAUACACAGUCUCUAUGCUAUGCACUGCUCCUCAUUGGCAAAUGAUGCGUCCAUUCAUGCAGGCACAAAGACCAUCCGCCUGCGGAGGAAUUCUUUCGUGAUUGGAUCAUUUAUCCGCAAAAGCAGCUUCGUCCUGGCUCCAACGUCUGUUCGCGCUCACUCGCGCUCUUUUCUGCACUCAUUCUGCAAGGCAAGACCAUUUCUCCCCAUGUGGUUGAUCGCCGUUCGACAGCAAACGACCGCCCAUGUUUCACUUCGCCUGCGAGUUGUUGAGCACACACGAUCCUUAUCCCCUUCCCAUUGCUUUUAUUUUUCUUCCCGUCCACAUAUCGCAUCAUUCGCAGCCUCCCUUAUCUUCCAAUGUGUGUGAUGCAGUGCAACAGAAGGGGCAUGCAUAAAAAAAAAUGUGGGCGUUAUAGACCACUAUGCAUCUUUUUGUCGGUGUGUGUCGAAGCCGUCUGAAGAACGUGAUACACAGGCGAAGAGAGGCGCCGCACAGGAUAGAAAGAAUGUGCAGCGUGUGCAAAUGGUGAGAUGUGAUAAGAGUAUUACCUUUUAGCCUGACUCGGGGGAUCGAAAGAGGGUCGAGGUAGUCCAAAGCGCGUAAAGAGCGUAAAGAGGAAUAGUGCUGUGUAGCAAUUCAAGCUGUGUG